CAGCUGUCAAGCCAGGGUGAAGGAUCAGUGGCCAGGCAGAGUCUGUGGAGAAGAGACGGAAGGCUCCACCGUGAAACUCUGAGAUGUGAAUAAACGAUGAACUGCCUCAUGAAGCAGAAACAGGAACAUUCUGGUCCAUGCUGGACAAGAAUGGCACCGCCUUCUAGUCUUUGCCUCCUUCUUUUCAGUGCACUGGGGGUCUUUGCACUUGACCACUUCAUGAAAGGUCAGAAGAACAGCACACUUAUUUUCACAAAGGAAAACACCAUUCGGAACUGCAGCUGCCCUGCAGACAUCCAGGACUGUGACUACAGUCUGGCCAAUCUGAUAUGCAGCUGCAAAACCAUCCUGCCUUCUGCAGCAGAGCAAACCAGCUACAGUGGCCAUCUGACCAUCUGGUUCACCGACACAUCAGCACUGGGCCGCCUCUUGAACUUCACACUGGUUCAGGACCUGAAGCUUUCUCUGUGCAGCUCCCACACCCUCCCCACUGAGUACCUGGCAGUGUGUGGAUUGAGGAGGCUUCGCAUCAACACUGAGGCCAAGCAUGCCUUCGCAGAGCAGAGCCUGCUCAUCCACAGUGGAGGAAAUGGCUGCUCCAAAGAGACACCCGAGUUGUUACACAAAGGCUGGCAAACGUGCAUGUUUAUUUCAUUCCUAGAUAUGGCUCUUUUCAACAGGGACUCAUCUUUAAAAUCAUACAGUGUUGAAAACAUUUCUAGCAUUGCCAAUGAUUUCCCUGACUUUUUUUACUUUAAGACCUUCCCAGUGCCAAGCAACAGAAGCUAUGUUGUCACAGUCAUUUACUAAUGUUAUACCUGUGUCUCGCUGCCCGGAACUUUGAUAAACGAUGGAUUCUUCAAAUAAAAAAAAAUCUGGGAAUAAGGCCAGGAGAUAGGUAUCUACCUCUAACUGUGUCUUUUCCCUCAGCCUCCAAUCCUAUCAGAACCCACUUACAAAUAACUACUCCUUUUUGCUCUAUGCUCAACCUUAGGAACUAUUUUGAAGAAAAAAUUAAUAGGAAGCAAGAACGAAUGAUUUAUUCUUGAACUAUAUCUUAAAAGCCAGCUAUAGGCUAGGUCUUUACAAUUGGCAGCUCAUGGAGAGAUGUCAGAUCAGGAGGGCUUUAGAAAGCAGCAUUUGCAUCAGGGAUUGCUUACUAGAAUUCAGUAGAGACAUGAAAUCUAAGAAAGAUAUCUUCUUUCAAAAUACAGUAGUUCUGGUUAGCUAUGGGGAAUCCAUUCCAAGACCCCAAAGGAUUCCUGAAACAGCAGAUAAUACUGAACCCUAUACCUUAUACUGUUUAUUCUUGUACUUUCAGACUUGUGAUACAAUUUAAUUUAUAAAGUGGGUAUAUUAAGACUGCAACAGAAAAUAACAUACUAAAAUAAAUUUGUGGGAGUGUGCUCACUUGGUUUUACUUAAAAAUAUCUAUUAUACUGUAUUCGCCCUUCUUCAUCCUAUAGUUAUGUAAAGUGACAGCACCAUAACAAAAGCAUCUUAUGAUUUCUGUUUGGCAUAAAUUGCCAGCAUUGCUACUUUGUGCUUAUUAUUAAGGCCCUUAUAAAGUAGAGGUGUCUUGAAUAUAAGCAAGGCCAUUCUGCAACAAUCAAUCUGACAACUCAGACAGUGAUUCAUGAGUAAAUAGUGUACAUGGUGUAGAUAUGAUAGACAAACUGAUGGCUCCUGUCCAGGUAGAAUGCUGCAUAAGACUGAAUUCAUCAGGGCUGGGAA